CUUGAGUCCUUUGGAGGAAGUACCCCUGAGCCGCACAGAGCCAGCUUGCGCUAGGGUACCUCGGAGGGAACCGCAGAAGAGCUUGUGAAGCUGAGAAUGUCAGAGACCUCGGGGACCACCUUUGGGGGCAGGAGAGCUGUCCCCCCCAACAACUCCAAUGCAGCAGAGAACGACCCUCCCACCAUGGAGGUGCAGGGGCUGGGGCCCCGGGGCGUCAUUCCGCAAGAUUACCUUAAUGUCACGAAUGUUCACCUGUUCAAGGAGAAAUGGGAUGCCAACAAAAUGGAUCACCACACCGACAAAUAUGACAGCAACAGUUUGAUUGUACGUAGAGGGCAGCCUUUCCUCAUCCAGGUUGACUUCAAUCGUCCAUAUGACCCCAGAAGGGAUCUCUUCAGAGUGGAAUAUGUCAUUGGUCGUUAUCCUCAGGAGAACAAGGGAACCUACAUCCCAGUACCUGUUGUGUCAGAGCUCCAACAUGGCACAUGGGGGGCUAAAGUUGUCAUGAGAGAGAACAAGUCUGUCCGGCUGUCUAUCCAGUCUUCCCCAGAGUGCAUUGUGGGGAAAUUCCGCAUGUAUGUUGCUGUCUGGACCCCCUAUGGCAUAAUCCGCACUAGCAGAAACCCAGAAACAGACAUGUACAUUCUCUUUAAUCCUUGGUGUGAAGAGGAUGCUGUGUACCUGGAUAAUGAUAAAGAAAGAGAAGAGUAUGUCCUGAAUGACAUCGGGGUUAUUUUUUAUGGCAAUGUCAGUGACAUCAAGAGUAGAAGCUGGAGCUAUGGCCAGUUUGAGGAUGGUAUCCUCGACACUUGCCUGUAUGUGAUGGACAAAGCACAAAUGGACCUUUCGGGAAGAGGGAAUCCCAUCAAAGUUAGCCGUGUUGGGUCUGCAAUGAUUAAUGCCAAAGAUGACGAAGGUGUCCUCGUGGGAUCCUGGGACAAUAUCUAUCCCUAUGGCAUCCCCCCAUCAGCCUGGACUGGAAGUGUUGACAUUCUGUUGGAAUACCAGAGUUCUAAGAAUCCGGUCCGAUAUGGUCAGUGCUGGGUUUUUGCUGGUGUCUUUAACACAUUUUUACGAUGCCUUGGGAUACCGGCAAGAGUGGUUACCAAUUAUUUCUCAGCCCAUGAUAAUGAUGCCAACUUGCAAAUGGACAUCUUCCUGGAAGAAGAUGGGAACGUGAACUCCAAACUCACCAAGGAUUCAGUGUGGAACUACCACUGCUGGAAUGAAGCCUGGAUGAAGAGGUCUGACCUUCCUGUUGGAUUUGGAGGUUGGCAAGCCGUGGACAGCACCCCCCAGGAAAAUAGUGACGGGAUGUAUCGGUGUGGUCCAGCCUCUGUUCAAGCCAUCAAACAUGGCCACGUUUGCUUCCAGUUUGAUGCACCCUAUGUGUUUGCAGAGGUCAACAGUGACCUUGUUUACAUUACAGCUAAGAAAGAUGGCACUCAUGUGGUUGAAACUGUUGAUGCUACCCAUAUCGGGAAAUUAAUUGUGACCAAACAAAUUGGAGGAGAUGGCAUAAAUGAUAUUACUGAUACCUACAAAUUCCAAGAAGGUCAAGAGGAAGAGAGACUGGCCCUAGAAACCGCAAUGAUGUAUGGGGCUAAAAAACAGGUCAACACAGAAGGCAUCAUCAAGCCGAGGUCUGACGUGGACAUGGACUUUGAAGUGGAAAAUGCCGUGCUGGGAAAAGACUUCAAGGUCACCAUCACCUUCCAGAACAAUAGCCCCAAUCACUACAGCGUCUCAGCCUAUCUCUCAGGCAACAUCAUCUUCUACACCGGGGUCUCCACAGCAGAAUUCAAGAAGGAGACAUUCGACGUGAGGCUGGAUCCCUUGUCCUUCAAGAGAGAGGAGGUGCUGGUCAGAGCAGGCGAGUACAUGGGCCAGCUGCUGGAACAAGCAUCCUUGCACUUCUUCGUCACAGCCCGCGUCAACGAGACCAAGAAUGUUCUGGCCAAGCAGAAGUCCACUGUGCUGAUGAUCCCCACGGUCAUCAUCCAGGUCCGUGGUGCUAAGGUGGUUGGCUCUGACAUGGUUGUGACAGUUGAGUUCACCAAUCCUUUAAAAGAAACUCUAAAAAAUGUUUGGAUAUACCUGGACGGUCCAGGAGUGUUGAAACCAAUGAGGAAGAUGUUCCGUGAAAUCCGACCCGACUCCACUGUGCAAUGGGAAGAGGUGGUUCGGCCAUGGGUCUCCGGCCCUCGAAAGCUGAUAGCCAGCCUGACCAGUGACUCCCUGAGACACGUGUUUGGCGAGCUGGACUUGCAGAUUCAAAGACGACCUUCUGUGUAAAUGCACAGUGGACUGAGAUGGACUCAGUCACUUGACCCCUUGCAGUCUCAGCUAAGCAAAGUUUAAUGCAAAAAUAGUCAGCUCUUGCUUUAACUUAGGUGUGAAGACAUGGGACUGGGUAGGGUCCCAUAGCAGUGAUGCCAGGUAUUUCAAAGGCAUAUUUUUCAGUAUGGAAGUUAGUUUUUAAUUGUUCCACCUUCCAAAGGAUUCGAGUAUUAGCUUUAAUUAAGCUCUAAUUAAGCUCUCAUAGCUCAUAUAUAUAAAAGUUAUCAUUUAUCACUGCAAAAGGCUACAGAUCCAUAUAUCAGAGGACUUCCCUUAGCAAUACCUGGCCUCAUGUUAAACAACGUUUCUUAUCCUCCACUCAGCCUUUUGGGGGUAACAAUCCCAAAAGGGAGGGAAGCAUAUGAUUUGGGUCCUAUAAUUCUGUCCCACUUUCUUAGAAUCAGAUUCUACCCUCUGUGUGAGAAUAUUUUCCCCAGGAAUUGAGUAUAAAAUCACUUUUCUUCUUGGCAAAGCCAUGGAAAGGUCUUUGAUCUUGCACCUGCAGCAAAGAGACUGCCUGCCAAAUUUCACAGAUUUACCUUGUGAGAAGAUGUGGCCCCAUAUUAACAAAUUGCAUUUGUGGGAAACUUAAUCACCUAAGAGGAGAUAUGAAAGCAGGUGCAAUACUCAGAUCUAUUAAAUAAUGUAGUUUUAUGGUGCAUUUUAUAGGUAGUAUCACACUGUGGUUUGAUCAGCAGGAACCAGUAUCCCUUACUUUAACCCCUUCUGGGCUGCAGUACUAGAAAGUAAUGAGGCUGACUUGGGACAGGUGAAAUGAAUAAUUAGUCUCUUUAAUUAACGAUUAUACUUCAUCUGUGUCUCUGGGAUCAUCUCCUUUGCACAAUGACACAGGUCCAGGUAUGUUUUUAGAGACAGAAUAAGCCCAACAAGUUGGAAAAGCUAGUAAAUUUAGUGACCAGACAGGCAGCCACUAAUUCUCUCUUGUCCUUCCCGUCACCCAUGUUGAGACCUCAUGUCAGCACUCGACACUCGGGUGUUGCGAAGUAAUAUGGACUCUGCCUUGCAAAUAGCCAGUGCUGGUGCAGACCAAACGACAGAGGACAUUGACAUCAUUUGUAUUUUGCUCCGAGGUUCCAACAGGGACCUUUGGAUAUUUAUUUGCAAGGCUGAUUUGUGAUCAAAAUUAUUGAUUAAUAUGCUUAGGGGGUGAUUUAAGUCAGUAGAUUCUGAUUCUUAGCCAAAAAAAAAAAAGAACAGUGGAGAGGAAGCUGGAGGAAAAGCCAGAAUGGAAUUCUUUGAUCUACAUAAGCACAUUUCUAAGCUUUUGAGACUGUUCCUGGGCCUUCAGCACCAGGGAUUCAUGAAGGUUAGCUGGUCCCUUUCACAGGUGGAUCAUACCUAACUCUAUUAAGUAAUCUCACAGCAUUUGCCAAGUCUUCCAAUACUCAAUUAUGAAAUAAAAUGCAUUGUAUAAAACUGUUAAACUGGCUUAGCAUAGUACAUUCUUAUUAACUAGAAUGUAAUCAAAGCUUAAAAUAAAGUCAGUCUGAUUGCAUUUGCA